CCUUUUUUCUUGUUACCAAACUUUUUCUUUCGAUUUGGUUGCAAACGUAGGCUAAUGGCGUCCGGUUCAGUGAGUGAUUUGAGGAUUGUUCUGCUGGGGAAGAAUCCAACAGAAAACAGCCGAGUGGGAAACUUCAUCUUAGGAAGAGCACUGUUUAAAAGUGAAGAACCACCAUCAGAUGCAAAACUGCACAUUAAGAAGGAAAGAGGAAAACUGGAGGACAGAGACAUCACAGUCAUCAAUGCUUCUUUGCUACAAAUAAAUCUGACAUGCUCUGUCAUCGCACAUGGAGUGAAGGAGUGUGUGAAACUGUCUGCUCCUGGACCUCAUGUGAUCAUACUUGUGCUGCAGCAGAACAACUUCAGCAAGAAUGACAGAAAGAGAGUGAAUUACGUGCUGAAAGAAUUCAGUGAGGAGGCUCUUAAACACACUAUAGUGUUGACUAAUGAGGAAGAGAUAAACGAUAACCGUAUUUAUCAGCUAAUAAAAGUGUGUGGAGGUGGAAACCUUCAUGAACAAAAGUCAGGAUGGCAUUUAGAGAUACUUGAAAGAGUAGAGAAGAUACUCAAGAAAGAAGGGGUUGAAUUUCUUAUUUGUGACUUGUAUGAGGAAGCAGAAGGAACAUCAGAGGAUGAAGAGCAAAGCAGUUCAGGAGGAUCAGUCACAAAAGAAGAGGGAGACUUCGAAGAUGAUGAAACAAUCAGCAAGAGCAACAAAGAGAAAAAGGAAGUUGAUCUCCAAAGGAAUACCUUGGAUUCAGUAGAGGCUUCAGAUGAAGUGAGGAUUGUCCUGCUGGGAAAAACUGGAGUUGGGAAGAGUGCCACAGGUAACACCAUCUUAGGAAGAGAAGCUUUUAAAGAAGACGUGAGUCAGGAUUCAGUUACUAAAGAGUGUCGGAGAGAAACGGCUGAAAUCGGCAGAAGACAAAUUACCGUAAUUGAUACUCCAGGACUGUUUGAUACUAAACUCAGUAAAGAAGAGAUCCAGAGAGAAAUCACUGAGUGCAUCUCCAUGACUCUGCCAGGACCACAUGUGUUUCUGUUACUGAUACCUUUUGGACGAUUCACUCAGGAGGAGGAGAACUCUGUGAAGAUCAUUCAAGAGACUUUUGGUGAAAAAUCAUUAAUGUACACCAUGGUGCUCUUCACCAGAGGAGAUGAACUGAAGCAGAAGAGCAUUGAAGAGUAUCUGGGAAAACCUGGAUCUGCUUUGAUGAAGCUCAUUGAACAGUGUGGAAACAGAUACCAUGUGUUCAGUAAUAAGAAGGCUGAAGACUGUACACCGGUGUCUGAAUUACUACAGAAGAUCAGUGACAUGGUGACAGCAAACGGAGGGAGUUACUACACAUGUAAGAUCUUCAGACAGAUGGAGAGAGAAAAACAAGAAGCACAAAUAAAGAUGGCAAUGAACAAAGUGGAGGAACUGAAGAGAGAGAAAGAAGAACUCCUGACCAAACAUGAAGAAGAGAAAGAGAGAAUGAAGAAGAUUAUGGAGGAAGAAAGAUUGUAUUAUGAAGCAGAGAGGAAGAGAAGAGAUGAAGAUUUUAAGAAACAUCAAAAUACGUGGGAUGAAUCUUAUCAGAGACUAAAAGAAGAACAAAAUGAAAUUAAAAGAGAGAAGGAGAAAGUAAAAAAAGAUAAAGAAUGUCUUGAAUCAGAAAUAGAAAAGAUGAAGAAGAUCAUGGAGGAUGAAAGGCAGAAUCACGAUGCAGACAGAAAGAGAAGAGAAGAGGAAUUAAGAAAGAAUGAAGAACAAUACAAAACAGACAUGAAAAGGGAACAAGAUAAAUGGGAGAAAAAGAUACAAGAAGAAAAACGGAGAACAGAAGAAUUUGAGAAAAGGAGGGAGAAAAAAGAACAAAUGUCGAAUGAAAGUUACCAGAUUCUUAAAAAAGAGAGAGAUGAAAUCAAAACAGAAAAAGAUCAGCUUCAGAAAAAACAUGAAGUAGAAAUAAAAGAGAUGAAGCUAUUACUACAACUACAGAAACAAAAUGAACUAAUGAGACUAAAUUCAACAGACUAUGAAGAAGACAGAGGAAAAGACAUGGAGAACAUGAAAUUGUGUUGCUCAAAAAUGCAUUCUUCACUACAGAAAGAUGAAACUAAUCAAAUCCAAAAGGUUGGACCAAAAACCAGUGAACAGCUUGAAGAACUCUAUGAUAGACUUGAUCUGACAAAAAGGCGACAAGAUAAAAUGAAAACAGCUGACAUUCUGGAAAUCACCAGAUCAUCAUUUCAGUAUCAGGAACCACAGGAAGAACGUAAACUUGUUAACGUAUUUUUACAAAAACUGCUAAAUAUGAACUACAGGGCAAGAUAUACUGUAAUAAAACACAGAAAGAAGGCAGGCGAAGAAGGCAGAGGAAACUACAACAUUAAUAUUCACCCCAUGGAUGUCCAGAUGGCUGUGUUUCAUUGUUCUGAUGGUUUCCUGAAGCAGCUGAUGGUGACUAAACUCUCACAGUGUCAGUAUGCUCUGCCUCUGCUGGUUCCGGAUCCAUUUACACAUCAGAUUGAGUUUCCUCUCUGGACUUUUAGACAAAUCAGUAAGAGCUGGAAGAUGAAGAACAGCAACAAAGAGAUCAUCAGUCAAACCCAGCCGAUCUACAAGGCUGAGACUCCAAUGGUGUCUUUCUUCAGGUUUGGCUCAGUGUCUUCAUCUAAGUCUCAGCUGAUGAACAGCCUCAUCAGUGAGAAACACAACACGUUCUUCCACAGAAACUGCACAGGUAGCAGCAGAACCAGAUUACUGAUGGACGGAGUGGUGGAGAUCGCCUGGUACUGUCCUUCUGGGAAAAAGACAGACACAUUUGAUGACUGUGUGGCGUUCUGUAAUCUUCAUGGUGAUGCAGCAGACAAUGAGAAACAAUAUGAGAUUCUGACCAGUAUGGCUUCAGUAAACGUCCUCUUCUUACCAGAUAUUGGGCAGAAGAACCACUACAAAGGUUUGGUGAGAUCUCUCUUCAAAUCUCCUCAGCCUCUCAUUUGUCUGCUCACUGACAAUCACUGUGAUAAAACUGAACUGGGGCAUGGAAAAUACAUGGUUGGCCUUUUGAACAAAAACCAAUCUGAUGUAUCUGAACAACUAAGAGAAACUGUUAGAGAGAGUUUGUCUGAGCAAAAAAAGAGCUUCAAGCUUGAAGAUGUGGCCAAACACACAGGAAUCAGAGUAGAUGAGGAUGAUCCAGCGUGUCAGAGAGGAAAAGAGUCAGCAAAUCAGAUUAUAGGUAUAUUGAGAGGAAAAGAUCCUUCAACAGUGAAGGAAACAAUCCUGCCCUGUCAGGGAAAACUGUGGCACGACUGGUGUGAAAUUAACAAAGACCUGCACCAUCUAGGAGGAGAAAAUCUAGAGGAAGAUAAAAGCACUAAAUUGAAGAACAUGAAAGAAACAAGAGAAAAACAAGUGGAAAAAGGAUUGAGUGACUUUGUGAAGAAAUUUAUUGAAACUAUGAAAUCACUGAGAGACGAUGAAAAAAACUAUUUCAUCAGAUGGAUGAUGAACCUUUUGAAUGUUUUCUCUGCAGAAAGGCUCUGUGAACUUCAUAGGGAAUAUAACAACUGGAGUAAAGUCUUAAAAUUGAAAAACACAGCAGAUAAACCAGAUCAACUGCAGACUAUACAAACAAACCUGGAAAAUAUAUCAGCGCAAAUUAAUCAUACAUUUGGACUGGAGCACAUCCUGAGAGAGUUUGGUCAGAUCUAUGAAUCAAGGUCAUCUCUGAAGAAGAUCAGUCUACAGUUUGACUUCUGUUCUCUCCCGAGUCUUGCAGCAGAGAUGAUGGUCUCUGGUUUUCCGAUGGAGCUGAUGGAUGGAGAUGCUGCUCAUGUUCCUCUCACCUGGGUCACUGCUGUUCUAGAUGAAAUUGUUAAGAAACUGGGAGAUCAGAAACUCUUUGUGCUGUCAGUUUUGGGGAUUCAGAGCUCUGGAAAAUCCACCAUGUUGAAUGCCAUGUUUGGACUGCAGUUUGCGGUCAGUGCUGGAAGAUGCACCAGAGGAGCCUUCAUGCAGCUGGUCAGAGUCUCAGAAGAGAUGAAGACCGAGCUGAAGUUUGAUUAUAUUCUGGUUGUUGAUACAGAGGGACUUCGUGCACCAGAAUUAGCUGGAACUUCAACAACACAUCGUGACAAUGAGAUGGCCACAUUUGUUGUUGGUCUUGGAAACAUGACACUGAUUAAUAUAUUUGGAGAAAACACAACUGAGAUGCAGGAUGUUCUUCAGAUUGUUGUCCAGGCCUUCCUGAGGAUGAAGAAGGUCAAAUUGAAUCCCAGCUGUAUGUUUGUGCAUCAGAAUGUCUCGGAUAUUAUAGCUGGAGAGAAAAACAUGGAGGGAAGGAGACGCAUGCAGGAGAAACUGGACAACAUGACAGAACUUGCCGCUAAAGAGGAAGACUGUGAUGCAGAACGAUUCAGUAAUGUGAUUAAGUUUGAUGUUGAGAAUGAUGUGAAUUAUUUUGCUCAUCUCUGGGAGGGCAGCCCACCCAUGGCUCCACUAAACCCAAACUACUGCGAAAAUAUUCUUGAACUGAAGCAAACUAUUCUAAGACAUGCUUCAAAAUCAGACGGCAUAAUGCUGACACAUCUGAAAGAUCGUAUUCAAGAUCUCUGGGAGGCUUUACUCAAUGAACAAUUUGUGUUCAGCUUCAAAAAUUCCUUGGAAAUCGCAACAUACAAGAAACUAGAGACCGAAUACAGCAAGUGGACCUGGAGCCUUCGGAGUGCCAUGCUCGAAAUCGAAAACGAAUUUUACAACAGAAUAGAAAAUGAAGCAAUUCAUGAUAUUGAGGAAACUGAUCUUCAAACAGAACUAAAAGCGAAAAGCGAAGAAGUGAAAAAGACCAUGUUUGAAUUCUUUGAGAAAGACAGAUGUGCAGGUGUGCUGAAUCAGUGGAAAGCUUCAUUUGAGAUAAAAAUUAAAGACGUCCAAGAAAACAUUGUGAAGGAAACUAAGAGGAAAUUAAGUGGGGUUCUUCAAAAGCGCCAUCUGAAGAAAAAGAUGGAUGCUGAAAGGACAGGGCAUGAAAACAAUCUCUUUGAAAAGAGCAAAGAACUUGCUUUAAGAUUUAGAGACCAUGCAUAUGAUGAAAAUGUCAUGAAAACACAGUUUGACUCCCUUUGGAAAGAACAGAUAGCUACAAUAAUCAGAGACACUCCUUUAGUCAAAGACAUUGACAUAAUAAGAGAUGUAAAGAAACUUCUUGGUGAGACCUUUAAAAGUCUCUCUUCAGGUCAUAUAAAAGAGAGCAGUCAGUACAAAGAUAUGUCCUGUUUGCCAAGCUAUUCAGAAUAUGCUAAAUUAAAGAUAUUCUGUGGAUUUACAGGAACUUUGAAAAAUAUGUACAAAGUAGCUAAAGAGAAGGUUGGAUUUGCUUUAUCUAAAGAGGAUGAAGUCCAGAUAAGAGCCUUAAUCACAGACAUUGCUGAGCACACAGAUAAAAUGAUUCAGUCAUUUAACAUUGCAAAGAUGGGCUACAGCAUUAGUUACAUUCAACAACUUACAGAUUACAUCAACACAAGAUUAAAACAGCAUGAAGAUGGGCAAAAACUGAAUUAUGUGUUCAAGAAAGAAUUCUUUGUGGAUCUGGUACUUUGCAUAUGCCAUAAAUCAAACAAAAUGGUCUCUGAUCAAUACAGAAGGUUCAGGGAAGACAAUGAUCCCGUUCUCUAUUUUGAGAGGAAAAAUAAAGAGUACUACAGAAUUUUUCAGAAAUACUGUCAAGGAGCAUCCUCAACUGCAAUCUUUGGGGAAUUUGUUUGUAAUAAACUUAAAGAGCCGAUUCAAAAAAAUGUCUACAAAAAAACUGCCAGAGAUUUAGCAGAUGAAAUGAGGGCAAACUGUGAAUCACUGAAUGGGAACCGAUCAAAACUGGAGAAACACAUCCUGAGGACACUGGCAGAACAACAGGACUUCAGCGAGUACAUGACAUACAUCAACAGCCCCAAGGAACAUUUUAAGAAUUUAGGUGAAGUCAGUCAGUACAUCUGUGAAAGUUUUGAAGAUAGUGUUCGUCCCAAGAUGGAAAACAGCCUUAAACUCCUGGAGCAACAGAUCAUAGAAGCAGCACAUGAAUCUGCCAAACACGUUAAAAAGAUCAAUGGAGAUGCUGAUUCGUGGUUGGAACAUUUCACACAACAGCUCUCUAAUGUGCUGAUAUUCUCAAAAAGUGACCUCACUGGAGUGAAUCAGGAUGAUGUUAAUGUCAGUUUCCUAGAAGAUGUGAUAAAAGCAAUACUUCCUUCUAUAAUGUCUGACAUACGCAGUCAAUUCAGCACAGAAACCUUUCCAGAUAUGCUGUACUCCAAAGACAGACCAGAUGAGAUUCUGAUCGAUCACUUUUGUGAUUGUUGUUGGGUUCAGUGUCCUUUCUGUGCUGCCCUCUGCACAAACACAAUAGAUGGCCAUACCACAGAUCACAGUGUGCCUUUCCAUCGUAAUAACGGACUGAAUGGGUGGUUUUACAGAGGAACAGCAAACCUAUCUAUCAACAUCUGCACAUCUGCAGUAGCCAGUGAUCGAUCUUUUAACAGCUCUGGUGAACGAGUUCCCUGGAGGGAAUACAGAAAAGGAGGGCCUGAAUUUGCUUCAUGGAGCAUCACCCCAGAUCUCUCUGAGCUGCCGUACUGGAAGUGGUUUGUCUGCAGAUUCCAAACAGAUCUGGAAAAUCACUAUAAAAAAACCUACAAGGGGCAAGGCAAGAUCCCAGAUGAAUGGAGAAAAUACUCACAAGAGCAAGCUAUUGAGAGCCUGAACAAAUACAUUUAGUAAACAACUAUUAAAGAAGAUCUGCUCCAAUGGUUACUGACAAUUCUAUAUACCAGUUUUAUUUCAUUUUAGCAUUAAACUGCUUAGCUAAAAAGCAGAGCGCGGAAUGCAUGCAAAUGUUUAAGGAUUUGAGUUACCAAAACACACACGGAAUGGGAAGUCACUUCAUCUGCCACAAAUGGUUUGCAAAAGUUGCUCUACAGAGGUAAAUAAUUCAGUGAUACGUAUAUGAGAAAUUCAAUUUAUUAUUAUAAACAUGACCAGAAGCAAGCAGAGUUGAAUACUGCCCUUCAAGAGUGGUUCACUUCCAUGUUAAAGUGAGGAUUACAGCCAAACGGCAAACCGUUCUGAGUUCACGUGAACCAAACCCUGCACACUGAAAUAUAUUCAAACCAAUUACAAGAAACAUCCAAAAACGAAAACAAAACAACUGUUGAAAGAAAUUAUAUUUGCCUGGUUACAUUGAUUAAAUUUAACCGGACCAAAUAUAUUAUAUUAAUAAAUGUUAAAUUCUGUUUGCUUGAUUUGGAAGGUGCCAAAUUGUGAUGCACAAUGUAAAACAAAUUAGUUAAAAAAUUAAUACAAUCUCCAAUAUUGCUGUUUUAGGUGAUUUAGUCUUUCCUUUAGCUGAUGUUGGGUAAUUUCUUUUUUUUUCAUUAUACAAUAAGCAUUUCAAGCUUAAUCAUUUGAUGAGUAUUAUUAGCACACGUUGUUUGUCAUUAAAUAUCAAAAUUCUA